GUAUCCUGGUAUCAGAUAGAUAUAGAGGCACUCAAAGUGACACCCACCCCCUUGGACGAAUAUUCAACGAGGGCUGUUCCCGUGACUGCUUCUGUGACACAAACAUUCGACUUGAUACCUAGACGCAAUCGAGUGCCCAAAGCAGAUGAGCUCAACCGACGACGUCUCGCUUGA